AUGAAUGGUAGUGUUUGUCAAACAGGGGUGUGUUUACCAUUAGUAGUUAAAUGUGGUAUGAUAGCAGUCAAAGAUAAUAAUAACAACAACAUCCCAUCAGGAGAAGAUUAUUAUACGGUUGAUAACGAUCUCGCACGUUUGAUGUGUGCACUUGGUCUCAAAUCAAAGCAACAACAGAAAGCAUGCGAAAUAGUACCAAUAUCACUCAUUCCAGUUGCAUUACCCAUCACCAUGUGUAAACGUCGAACUCGAAAAAAUGUCUCAGAUGAAAUUAGUGUAGCCACACCUCUAUGCCUAUUGAAUUUGACAAAAUAUGAUGUUCGAAAACCUAUUCAAUACGUUGUAACAGAUUUGAAAAAAAUAUCUGUGGUAAAGGAUUAUGAGGAAUAUUGCGUCACGAACAGUUUACAAAUAUCCAAUAAAAAAAUGAAAGAGUGGCUGAAGAAAAAUUUACAGAUAUCUAUUUAUUCUUCACAACGCCAAAGUGUUUCAAGACCAAAUCGUAAACAAGGUAAUGGAAGAUAA